AUGGCAAAAGAUGGAGAAGUAACCAUUAAGCUCUCACAAAAGCCAACUAGUGAUGGUACUCCUGAGACCUAUACAGGAAAUUCUACCGGAGGUAGGAUUAUUCAAGUCAAACUAACCAGUGGACCUACUCAGAACUUUUUCAAGUAUGAACAUGCUCUGCAGGCAGGAGGAACUCAACUAUUCCAUCUUAUGGAAAUAUGGGAUGAUAAUAAUAGUUCUAUUAGCAGAAUUAAGGGAGGAAAGGAUGUCACAUUAGUUGAAGCCUAUUACUGGAAGGAUGAUAAGAGUGGUAGCGGUCGGACACCUGGUAAGGCUCUCUUGGUGGGAAUUACCAUUGAUACUAAAACUACCUAUUAUAAGGAUAGUGGUGGUAAUGAGUGGAUUGAGCAAGCGAUAGAUGCUGAGAAACUUGAGAAAGAAUUAGAAAAUCUCAAUUGUUACAACAACAAUGCAGUCACCUUGGAUCUCAGCAAGAGUCUAUCAACAGGUCAGUCAUAUUGUUGUGAAGAGCAUAGAAAGACUGGCACAAAAAUUGUCGUCGAUAAAGGGGAGAUCAUAAGAGAUGGUAAUAGAAAAGUGGGAUAUACCAAGUACUCAAUUACUGGCGGACAACUAGUGGGAAUUAAAUUCUAUAAAGAUGAUGUAAGUAAUGAUGAAAAGUAUAGAAGACGUAUAACUACUACCGGUGGACUAAAGUUUCCCAUAACUGGCACUGUAGAUAUAUACGCCAUUCAUUCUGACAAGAAUCCAGAGCUUAUAUAUGUAAAAUCUACUGGAACCAAAAAUCCCGUUACUGGGUGGUUUCAGAGAGGUAGUGAUGACAAUGGGAAAUGGACAGAAGUAUCCGCUAAACUCAGUGGUGUUGAUAAAGAUAAGAUAGAUAACAAACAGCUCAGCUGUCAACAAUGGAAAGCACUUACGGGGGUACUCAAACAUGGUGACAGUGAUUUUGUAGACUGUCCUGAAGAGCCAGAACAACAAUCAUCAGGACGUACUUAUGAAGUACAAGGAUCAAGAUCCCAAAAAGAAGAGGAAGAGGAAAAGAAAGAAGAGUCAUUUCAAAAAGCUCAAUCUAGUGCUGGUUCUGAAUCUCCACAACAAACUGCUGCUCAACCUCCCUCUACUACUGAUACUCUUGGAACUGGUCCUCUUUCUAUUAAAGCUGGUAAAGAUCCUGAAGCUAAGGUUGAAGAAGCAGGUAGAGGACCUGCUAGUUCAUCUGGUGAAGAUGAUGCUGAACCUGGUAAAGGUGAUGUUGAUGCUCCUCCUGUUGCUGUUAUUAGUAAAUCUGUAGAGGACAUUGGUAAAGAAAUGCGGAAUGUUGUGACUAAAGCUGUUGGUUCAGUGCUAGAUAAAUCUGUUGUAGCUAGAUUGGAUAGUACUGUUGGUACAGCUGUACUUGAUGGGCUAAAAUGUACCAAGUUGGGAACAUCUCCUAAAGGUACUAAACAACCUCUUCCUGCUGCCUCUCUAUCUUCUUCAGGUAGUAGAAGCCCUGGUGGUAGUAGUGAAGUUGUUCAAUCUGGAAGUUCUAGAGAGCAAGGACGGGGGCGAGAUGAUAAAGGCUCUGAAGAUACUGUUACUCCUGGUAAUUGUUCUGAUGGUCUACCUGGAAAUGCUCUAGUUGUCGUUUGUAAUGGUAAUGCUAGAGCUGCUGUUCUAUCUACUGCUCAAACUCAAGUACAAGGUGCUCCUGUUCCUGCUGCUAAAGCUGAUGAAGCUCUUUCUCAAACUGUUGCUGUUCCUACUACUUCUAGAUCUGCCGACCAAGCUGAUCAUCAAUCUGGAGAUACUGGUACUCUUACUCAACAAGGUGCUAGUCAAUCUACUGGUAGAUCUGCUAUAGCUGUUGAUACUCAAACUGUUUCUGGAGAACAAGCUACUUCUCAACAUGGACAUGCUACUCCUGAUCAAGCUAAAGGAUCUUCUGAAUAUCUCUCUACUCUUAUUACUCUUCCUACUUCUCUUACUCCUACUCAAUCAGCUCCUCCUGAACAACUUGCUACUGGUCUCCAAAAUGAUGAUACUCCUCCACCUCCUGAAUCUCCUCAACGUGUUUUGGGACUUGCUCCUACUAGUAUAGCUGGAUAUAUCAUACCUUCUGUUUUUGGUGGAUCUGGCGCAGCUGGUCUCGCCGGGUGGAAACUUUAUAAGCUCUUUAAGAAUUUUAGAGACCCUUGGGUACUGAGUAGUUGGUCUACUGAAAUACUACCAGAGAAUCUACUCUUCCUUAGGCCCCCGUAG